AUAAAUGGGGUAACUCGGUUCCGCGUGAAACUGUGUCGAAUUAAAGCGCGGAAGGAUGGCGAAAUUCGCUCUUCUAUUUUGUCUCCUUAUUUUCUCUGCCUAUGGCAGCUCUCAAAUCAUUCCUUCGUUCUUCAAUCCAACGAGGAAAGUGCAACAAUUUGAAAAACAUGUUAUCGAAAAGAUCAACCAUAUCAUUAAUAAUGCGAACACGAUCUUUGUUCAGCCUAAGGAACGAGCUAAACAGCUUGUAGAAGAGAUGAAAAAAAAGAGCGAGAAAAUAAACAAAGAAGCAAGAAAUUUUGUCAAUAACAUAUUAAAAAAUGUGAGUAUGCGAUGUAUUAAUAUGAUCAAAUCGUUUAUUAAAUAUUUCGUAUAAUAAU